AUGAUCUCUACUCAACACCAAGCCGGGCCUUCGCCAUCACAACGAGCCCCAUCCGAACCAGCCCCAUCCGAGCCCACACCAUCCGAGCCAGGCCCAUCCGAACCAAACGCUUCAUCCCAAUCAACCUCAUCUGUACCACAGGCCAACGCUGAGACUCCUGUCAAUGCGCCCGGUCCAAUUGUAGUCGAUAAUUUCACCGACGACUCCGACAGUGCAUUCAGCGAUGAGCUGUCCGAUCUCACUUCGCUCUCGUCCAGCGUGCUCCAGUUUGAAUAUGAAAAUGGUCGCCGGUAUUGUAGUAACCGCUCUGGAAAUUACAUGAUGCCGAAUGAUGAAGAGGAACAGGAUCGAAUGGAUCUGACACACCACAUAUGGUUGAUGUUGCUAGGCGGCGAGCUUUACAAUGCCCCUAUUUCAUCAUCACCACAGAACAUUCUUGACUUGGGAACCGGAACAGGCAUCUGGGCCAUGGAUAUUGCCGAAAAAUUUCCCGGUGCCCGCGUUACUGGCACUGACCUGAGUCCUAUCCAGCCUAAUUGGGUGGUCCCAAAUGUUGAAUUUAUCGUGGAGGAUUUCGAAAGCGAAUGGUCUCAUGAACGUGACUAUUUUGACUUUAUCCAUGCGCGAUGUCUAGCAGGAUGCGUGGCUGACUGGCCCUCGUUUAUCGGUCGUAUCUUCGACUCCGUCAAACCCGGCGGCUACUUUGAAUCGCACGAGAGUGCCGUCUGGUGCUGGAGCGACGAUGGCUCCCUCAAGGAAAAUUGCGCGCUCAUGGAAUGGCAACAGUCCAUGAAAAUUGCCGGCGAUAAGAUCGGCAGAGAGCUGAAUAUCUACCAUAAGCUGAAGAACUGGAUGAUCGAAGCUGGCUUCGAGGAUGUUCAGUUAUUGGUCUAUGUGCUGCCUUUCUCACCCUGGCCCCGUGAUCCUCAUCUGAAAGCGUUGGGCAAGUACCAGGCAGUGCAGUUGCAACAAGCCAUCGAUUCAUAUUCCUUGCGUCUGUACACGCAAGUGCUGGGCUGGAGUCCAGAUGUGGCCAAGAUUCAUAAUGCUUUGGUCAAGGCGGAGCUACGUGAUAAAAAGCUGCACGCCUAUGUUCAAACCGUCGCCGUCCAUGGGAGAAAACCUAUGCGUUCUUAA